AUGCAGCGGUCAUCGCACAGCGCGGGCGUGCGGCCGUCCCGCAACAUGCAGUACACAGCCAGGUCACACGUGAUUUGCUUGGUAAUCACGGUUGUUACCUCACAAGCAAACGGUUUCACCAUACGGAGGUUAGAACCCUUACCACCAACAUCGGACUUAGAAUUAGGACAGAGUUCAAAGCUGGAAGUGAGGUACGACCUGCAAACUCCAAAAAGUCCUAUCACCCAUAAGAUAGAUGGGGAUUUGAUCACAUUAAAAGAAUCAACAACUACCACUGAGAUCACGACUAAUUCAUUUAUUGAUUUGGCAAGGAGCUCAGGUGAAUUACCAAUCGUAAAUGAAAAUAAACAUCUAAAUGAACAUUAUCAUAUAAGUGAGACAAGUUCACCAUCAUUGCAAACUGUUACUAAUGAUUUUACUAUGACAUCUUCAUUAUUAAACUUUACAUCACCAACGACCGAAAAUGCAAUAAAUAAACAAAAUAAUGAAAGUGAAUUAUUUACAACUGAAAAUGAAUUAAAACGGUUUCUCAAAUAUGCGAUUCAAAUAUCAGAUAACAACAGUCAUUUAGUAACGUCGACAGAAGCAACAAGCCCAGCGAACGGUUCAAUCACUUUAAAAUAUAACGAAAAACAAGAAAACACAACUGAAAACAUGGAUAAUCUAAUGUCCGAAGCAAAUACUGCAGUCGGACAUACGUUUACAGCAGUACCGCAUGAUGAUAGGGUCCAAUAUUCAACAGAACUUUUGCAAGACACACAGGCUCCUACUUCAAGCAAAUUUAAUUUUGAGAUUUCAAGCCAACCAAUGGGAGAAAUAGUUCUUCAGUCAACUUCAAAUAAUCCAGUACCUGAAUUAACUACAAACACAUAUGCCAGUUCAGAUAUGACUCAAUCUUCUACGGCCAGUGAGGAAUCUUUUAAAGUUACAAUGAUUGAUUUUACUACAGAUACAAAUGAUGGGUAUCUCGUAAAUAACCUUCCGACUACUGUAGACGUUCCCAUUGUAGGAACAUUGAAUACACAAACCGUGAAAGAAGAACCGGUCACUUUAACCUUACCCACUUGGGAAUCUUAUAAAACCACUGAUAGAAAUAUAACAAGUACAGAGAAAACUGAGGAAAAUACUUCGUCUAAUCUAAAUAUGACUAGAGCUGAAAGCACGCGAAUGAGUCUAGAAAAAGUACUGACGAAUGCGCCAAUACCAUCGCUGAUGGAAUUAAAAAACGAUCUUAUUAACGUCCAAGAGUACACAACCAGAACAUAUAUAAAUGAAAUGAACGUGACUAUUCCGUCCAAUUUAACAACUCCAACAAUACAAAAUACUAGCGAUCGAGUUAACUUGCAAACGGAGAAGUUUGAUAUAAUUUCUUCUAAGCGAGCGGGUUACUUAGAUAAUACAGAGACGACAAGUACGAAGUUUGAAGAAGCAACUACAGAAAAUUAUAUAAACAAAAGUAAUACGAAAGAUACAGACUCUUUUGGAUCAAUGUACGAAACAGAAGGUAGCGAGGGCGAAGUGAGUGAUGCAUUAGAAGUUAAAAAUGUAACUGGUCUCGAGUCACAAAGUCAACUGGUAGAAGACGCGAUCAAAGAAGAACUAUUGAUGGAAAAAACGUUAAAUGAAAAUGAAUAUUUGAAAGAGAAAGCUCGUCAAAUGGAGGUAAAACCCGUGUUGGGUAUUACUCCUCCAGUCAUUGAUGCUACUCCUACACUACAUGAAGUAGUAACUGAGGACGUGCUCAGCGUUAAACCAAUCACCAUCGAUAAAAAAAUAUCAAGUGCUUUAUAUGCAGUCAGUCCUAAUUAUAAGCCUCCUAAAAAGUUAGAUAUCCUACCUACAAAACAAUUUGUUCGAGAUCCUGACGAUAAUACUUGGAGAAACGAAAGUAUCAGCUCCCUAGGAAUUGUGUUCAAACCAAAAAAUGCGUCUAAAUCUUUUACCGAGGUAUUAAAAAACAAAACAUCUGAAUUGAGUAAUAUGUCAGAAAAAAAUGAUAAGAAUAACAUUCCCGAUUUAAGAAUAAGGCUCGAAAAAAUUGCUGAAGUGAGGAAAUCUAAAAAGAAGAAAAUAAAUGCAUUUGGAGACAUAGUAUAUAGCGAUUCUGAUGAAAAUGGCAGUUCGUCGAAGGAAGAAGCUACUUCGCCAAUGAGUCCUGAACAAAAAUCGGAUCUUACCUCCGUGACCAGCUCCCCGCCUUCAUCGUCUACAUCAGACACCGAUGUAAUAAAUUAUAUCCCAAAAGAAAAUUUUAAAAUGUUCAAAGACGAAUUUGCCACACCUGUUACAACAUUAAAAAAUAAAUUAAGUAGAUUGGGAGAAUUCUACGACUCAGCAGACGACUACGAUGCGGAUUACGUCACAAGAAUCGAUUUGAAGAAGUUUACUACCUCACCCAAAACUGACACUGAUAAACCUAGUUCACAAGAUUUUACGCUAAACACUAAACACUUGAUUCCAGUCACAUACAUGCCUAACAGGCAGCCCACCAUUCAAUAUUUCCCACCAACCAAAAAAGUUAAAACGACCGUUAAACCAGAAGUGAAGGUAAAGGUUAAUAUUAAUGAAUAUGACGACUAUUUUAAAAAUAAAGUAAAUCAGUUCAUGUUUACUCAUCAACCGAAUACGGAAUAUGAUGCUUCUUUUGGUACAGCGUCGCCUGCGCACACUAACCAAUUUCAGCCAAACAAACUUCAUAGCACAGCGCCAUAUAGCAAUGAAGAGAUACACAAGAAUUUGUACUUGACGAGCCAACCCCAAGUAACCGACAUACAGGGUGGUUUCUUAAACAACGCCAAUUUAAACAAAGCAUCAUAUGUUAUCAAACAUUACAAAGAUUUCAUCGCUGACGCAGCCAAAGGAAAUGAUGACGACAACCUCCCAUUCACGGUGGCUCCCAUUCAGGGCGUAACAAUAUCUGACAUAGACAAGCUUUCUAAACAGAAGGAACUGAAACGGGAUGAAGAUUACGAUUAUAACACACAGUUCCGCAAAGACAUUGUGAAUCGUUUCGUAGAUAAUUUCAAUCAGAACAGUGACAGAUUUAAAGUGGAUUUUCCGAUUUUAUAUAACAAUAGUGUAAUACAUAGAUCGACAGACGAUAAUGGACGGGGGGUGGCAUCGUCGAGAACGUUCAUGAAGAGGUUGUACGACUCGGCCAGUCCGAGGCCGAACUUCCUUUCGAAUGUGAAGCCGUGCGACGCCAACUGUGAGAGCAUGAGGGUGGUUGAUCUCGCACCUGCAUAUGAACUCCACUACUACGUCCCGGAACAAGAAGAAAAGGAAGAAAUAGAGCCCCGACAGAAUGUAUUACCGUAUCGAUACAGGUUAUGA